AUGACUGAGGGUGACGGCAUGUCCCUCGGCGAGUUCAUGUACCCUCUCUUUCAGGGCUGGGACUUUUGGCACAUGUACAACAAGCUGGGCAUCCAGAUGCAGAUCGGCGGGUCCGACCAGUUUGGAAAUAUUGUCGCCGGCAUCGACGCCCUCAAGACGAUUCGCGAAACCGAGGAGGCGCCCUACGCCCAGAUGCCUACCGAGUGGCAGCACGAACCGAUGGGAUUCACCGUGCCCCUGCUGACCGAUGCCUCUGGCGUCAAGUUUGGCAAGACGGCCGGCAACGCGAUCUGGCUCGACGAGUUCAAGACGUCGGCUUUCGAGCUGUACGGCUACUUCAUGCGGAGGUCCGACGACGAGGUUGAGAAGCUGCUCAGGCUCUUCACGUUCAUGCCCCUGAGCAAGAUCCAGGAGACCAUGGUAGAGCAUCGCGAGGACCCGACAAAGCGCGUUGCCCAGCACACGCUCGCGUUCGAGGUCCUGUCUCUCGUACACGGGUCGCAAAAGGCGCUGCAGGAGGCCCAGCAGCACAAGUUCCGCUUCGGCGGAGACCUGCCGCAUGUCAUCAACGAGCCGUCCAAGGACAGCGGCAUCGUGACGCCCAACAACGCGCCCCGGAGCGACAUCCAGCUGCCCCGCUCCGUCAUGAAGCUCUCGCCUGCGAAGCUACUCUUCGCGACAGGCCUGGCGAGCAGCAACGCGGACGGCCAGCGGCUUGUCACGCAGCAGGGCGCGUACGUGGCCGCGCAGCCUGGACAGUCGCGCGGUCUGGUCCCGGGCAACCUCUCGUGGACGCCCAUGAAGAUGUGGUUCCCCGAGGAGACGGCCAAGUUCCUCAUCGACGACCGCAUCCUGAUCCUUCGAAAGGGCAAGCACAACGUGCGCAUCGUGGAGCUCGUCUCGGACGAGGAGUGGGAAGCGAGCGGCGAAUUCUACCCCGGCCAGCCGUUCACGGGCGUGGUGCGUCGGAUGAAGGAGCAGCUCAAGAAGGAGGCCGGGGAGAAGGGCGAGGAGCUGUCGCCGGAGCAGGUCAGCCGGGCGCUGCGGGAGAAGCAGACGCUCAAGGUGGCCAACAACCCGGACAUUGAACUGCCGAACAAGCAGGAGGUGCGGGAGCGCGCGAGGGAGAGGAGAGACUCGUCGCGAUCGAGGCAAUAG